AUGGGGGCUGGAAAUUGCGGUUGCUCAUGCCAUGAGCAGGAGCUCAAUUCAGACAACUCGAACUCUGACUCUGAUAUCUUCUUCCCGGCAGAAGAGGACCUGACGACAUGUGAUGCCCCUAAGAAGGCUACAAAUCAGCAAGCAACGACGGAGCAGGACGCCUCCUACGAUUUCGUGAAAGAAGUUGUUUCAAUGGGCAGAUGGGAGAAAUACCUAGGUCGCUUCUUUUGGUUGCGGGAGCCGUACGGACAGUACUUCGACAUUGGACUGAGCGAGGUAGCAUCUGCUCACCCUUUUGUUGUGGUCGAUGUUGAAGUCAAGAAUGAGGGCCAAGGCAAUAUGUCCAAAGUCUCGUUUGGUCUCUCCAUGAUUCAAGCAUUUUCGAAAUCUUCUUGCGAAGGCAAGGCAAGAGAACUUGCGAGUAGGGGCCAUUCACUAGUUCCAAUAUUUCCCAACGCGCAGAAUCCUGAAAGUGUACCUCAGAUCGCGUUCUUGAAAAGAAUGGACCAAGAAACUCCGCAGGACUCUUGGAUUCGUGUCAGCACCAUCUACUACGUCAGGGAGGAGCAACUCAAUCUUGAACGCAAAGGUCUCUGGAGUAAAUUGCAACUACAUUUGGCUUCCGUCAAUGCAAUUCGACAAGAGCUCUUAUUGUCAAGGGUUGGAGACUCUGAAUUCACUCGUGUUCAAAUGCAACAGUUCGUCGCCGCACAAGCCACAGUGCAAAGCAUCAAUACAACCACGCAGCCCCGUAGGGAACAGUCUCCUGCAGAAUACAAGGCCCGCAUGGACAAUCAGCGAUUGCAAUGGGCCAAGGGUACUCAAGACCACCCGGAGCUUUUGCUUGUACAUCUCAUGCGAAUUAUAGCCUCCCAGUAA